GGGCCAUGGCCGCGGCGGGGACGGAGCUGCCCGGCGGCAACGCCAGCGCCAACCAGAGCGCCGCCGACCCCACGGUGUCCCGGGACGUGUGGAUGGUGGGCAUGGGAAUCCUGAUGUCGGUGAUCGUGCUGGCCAUCGUCUUCGGCAACGUGCUGGUGAUCACGGCCAUCGCCCGCUUCCAGCGCCUGCAGACCGUCACCAACUACUUCAUCACCUCGCUGGCCUGCGCCGACCUGGUCAUGGGGCUGGCCGUGGUGCCCUUCGGCGCCUGCCACAUCAUCAUGGAGAUGUGGAAGUUUGGGAACUUCUGGUGCGAGUUCUGGACCUCUUUGGACGUGCUGUGCGUCACGGCCAGCAUCGAGACCCUGUGCGUCAUCGCCGUGGACCGGUACUUCGCCAUCACCUCCCCGUUCAAGUACCAGAGCCUGCUGACCAAGGGCAAGGCGCGCGUGGUCAUCCUGGUGGUGUGGGUGGUGUCGGGCCUGACCUCCUUCCUGCCCAUCCAGAUGCACUGGUACCGGGCGGAGCACGAGGACGCCAUCCGCUGCUACGAGAACGAGAUGUGCUGCGACUUCUUCACCAACCAAGCCUACGCCAUCGCCUCCUCCAUCAUCUCCUUCUACGUGCCCCUCGUCAUCAUGGUCUUCGUGUAUGCCAGGGUCUUCCAGGUGGCCAAGAAGCAGCUGCAGAAGAUAGACAGGAGCGAGGGGAGGUUUCACACCCAGAACAAGGAGCAGGAGCAGAAAGGGGGAGCCGGGAACCGCCGCUCCUCCAAGUUCUUCUUGAAGGAGCACAAGGCCCUCAAAACCCUGGGCAUCAUCAUGGGCACCUUCACGCUGUGCUGGCUGCCCUUCUUCAUCGUCAACAUCGUGCACGUCAUCCAGGACAACAUCAUUCCCAAGUACGUGUACAUCCUCUUGAACUGGCUGGGCUACAUCAACUCUGCCUUCAACCCCCUGAUCUACUGCCGGAGCCCCGACUUCAGGUACGCCUUCCAGGAGCUGCUGUGCCUGCGCAGGUCCGCCCUGAAGAUGUACGCGAACGGCUACUCCAACAGCAACGGCAGGAGCGACUACAACGAGGAGGAGAACGGCUACCCCCUGGCCACGGAUAAAACCUGCCACUUGCUCUGCCAGGAGGGCUCCUUCCCUCGCCCCGAGGACUUUUUGCACGGCAAAGAGAUCCCUGGAUGUCCAGGAAUGGUGGAGAGCUGAAUGAUCCAACCUCUGUUCCUCACCACCCUGAGCUCACGAGGGCUCUGGAGAGAUGGAGUGGGAGCAUGGCCUCGCUUCCCCGAGCCAGGGGAUGCUGUGGGAAGUGAUUGCCUUGGCAAAGGUCCUCAUCCCAACCCAUCACCCAUCGUGCAGCACCUCCAGGAGAAGCUGGGGAAGGACAACCAAGGGACCAGGAGAGGCUCUGAGAGCCUUGGAGGACACCGGGAGAGAAGCUGCAGGAACUGAAGGAAUUCAGUCCAAACCAUGACAAAAGGUGCCGAGGGUUUUUUUUUUCCUCUUGGGAAACCCUUUCCAAAAGGGAGCACCAGGCCCACGUAUGGUCUCCAGCUGGUUUGGAAGAGGCAGAUCUCACAGCCAGCUCAGGAGCCCAGCAGGAUGUGCUCAUGGCAGCCUGUCCAUGGGCUGGGUGGGGAUCCAGGUGGAACAGGAAUCUGUCCAAGACCAAGAGAGAGGAGCAUGGAAGAAUCCUUUGAUUUAUUCUGUGCUUGUUUCUCCUUCUGGUGUCUUCUCUGUCUACCUCUUCUUCUCUAGAGAGCACGGGGGGCCCUGACUGUCACAGCAGAAGGAUUGGCACUGGGCAGGAAUGUGGCCUUUGUUCGCUCCUUACUCCAAAAAAUCUCCAACUGUCCUGCCUGGACCAGAGCCAUUGGAAAGGCUGGGACCUGGCAAUCCUUUUCCUUGCAGGAAGUCACAUUUUAGCAGGGCCAGCCACCCUUGGGAGCCAAGAUUUCCCACCUGAGGCUCAAAACAUGACAGAACAUCCAUCCCUCUCCUGCAGCUGUGGCAAGGAGCAUGCUGAGCUCCUGAUUUUGGAUUGAUGAAAACUCAUUAAGUGGAGAAAGAGAUGGAGGGACUUAGGGUGUCAGGCAGAAAACAGCAGGAAAACCUGACUGAAAACCAUAAAAAAUGUGCACCUUGGACUGGCAGGUGGUGGUGGUGGCCCAGCUGCUGCUCUGUGGUCACUGAGCUGCUCCCAGACCUGGGCAGGACAUGCUGGUACUGAACUGUGGGAGCCCCAUCUCAGACCUUCCCUCUCGGGCUUCCAGCUGCAGAACCUUCCCCUCAAGUGCAAUCCUAUUUAUUUAUUUAUUGUCUCGCUGCUUGAUGUGAAGCUGCUAAAGGAGCCCCCUCCCCACAACAGCCAGGUGUGUGUGAGGGCACUGAGAGAGGGGCAGGACACAGGGACAGCUCCCAGAACACCAGGAGUGUGCUCCUGGAGAAGGGGUCCUGCUCUGGUGGGGGCAUUGGUGAUCUCGGUGGUCUUUAAGGUUCCUUCCAACCAAAACCAUAUUGUGGUUCUGUAAGAUCUGAGAGGGACCAUUCCCAUCCCUGGGAGUGUCCAAGGAUGGUUGGAUGGAGCUCUGAGCAACCGGAGCUGGUGGAAAGUGUCCCUGCCCAUGGCAGGGGGUGGAACAGGAUGAGCUUUAAGGUCCUUCCAUUCUAGGAUUCUAUGGACAGGGAGUGGGCACACGAGGGAAAAGCUGAGACCAGAACUGCUGUCCCUGGGGUGAGGAUGCAAUGUGGAUCAUUCAAGGACUAAGAGCAGAGCUUUAUUGGGAAGGACAGAGGCUGCAGGAGCUCAGCAGUGCCCCUGUAUCCUGAUUUUCUUUGUGCAGGGCUAUGAGAGCCUCGCCUGGAGGGCUCUCAGGUACCCUGCUGCUCUCCCACAGCUUUCAGAACACCCCAAAAUCCCUUGGCACAGCUCCAGCUUCCCUAGGAGAACCUGAUUUCUCCCUUCCCUCUGAAGAGCCCUGCCAAGGCUUUGUCCAAACCUGCUGAAGGGAGAUUCCCAACAAAAACCUGUUCCUCAGAAGAUUCCUGGCUGGCUCCAGUCCCUUAUUCUGUACUGGAAACACUGUCCUUGGGAUCGUUUGCAGGUUUGGGAUGUGCAUGGGGUUGUGGCAGUUCUCCUUCUCCCCAGCCCCUGAUGUGCAAGAGCAGGUACAGGGACAGGAAGGGAUGAACUUGCUCCAAUCAUUUGCCAGCCCAAAAGCAGGGACCUGCCUGCAGAGCUGUCCAAACCCAUCUGCCUGCAACCCUUCAGCCUUGUUCCAUGGAUUCCAUUCAAUGUGGAUCUAUUUUUAAGCGCCCUGACCCCGGGGUUAUUGUGCUGUCCCCUGGGAGGUGGCUCCGUGCUCCACACCAGGAGCUGCUGGGAGUUUUUCCACCUGCAUUUUCUCCUGGAAACUUCAUUCCAUAUUUCCUUGUGCUGCUCCUCAAGCACCUGCUGUUCAUGUUGUCCUGCCACUUGACCAGUGCUCCUCUUCCCCUCCCAAGAACCUCCCUGGCCCCCUGGCUGCUGCUGCUCCCUGUCCUUCCCGUGGGUCAGCACAGGAUGAGCCUGGUCAUUAAUGAGUCUGUCAGGGAUCCAAACCCAUCCCUGGAGCAGCCUCUGGCAGUGCCCAGCAGCUGCUCCCUCCCUCAUCUGGGGUGCAGGGAAGGGGCAAACAGAGCCAAAAUGGAUCAGUGUUGGCACUGAGUGCUCAUAUCCCAAAAUACCAGGAAGAAAUCCUUCCCUGUGAGGGUGCUGAGGUUCUGGAAUGGAUUUCCCAGAAAAGCUGUGGCUGUCCCAUCCC